AUGGCGCUGCGGCGGGGCGGCGGCGGCGGCGGCGGCGGGGCGCUGGGGCGGCUGCUGCUGUUGCUCAGUGCCGCGUGCCUGAUCCCGCCGGGCGCGCAGGUGAGGCGGCUGGCGCGCUGCCCCGCCACUUGCAGCUGUACCAAGGAGUCCAUCAUCUGCGUGGGCUCCUCCUGGGUGCCCAGGAUCGUGCCGGGCGACAUCAGCUCCCUGAGCCUGGUAAAUGGAACAUUUUCAGAAAUCAAGGACCGAAUGUUUUCCCAUCUGCCUUCGCUGCAGUUGCUAUUGCUGAAUUCCAACUCAUUUACCGUCAUCCGGGAUGAUGCUUUUGCUGGACUUUUCCAUCUUGAGUACCUGUUCAUUGAAGGGAACAAAAUAGAAACCAUUUCAAGAAAUGCAUUUCGUGGUCUCCGGGACCUGACUCACCUUUCUUUGGCCAAUAACCACAUAAAAGCACUCCCGAGGGAUGUCUUCAGUGAUUUAGACUCUCUGAUUGAACUCGAUUUAAGGGGCAAUAAAUUCGAAUGUGACUGCAAAGCCAAGUGGUUGUAUUUGUGGUUGAAGAUGACCAAUUCCACUGUCUCCGAUGUCCUCUGUAUCGGUCCACCAGAAUACCAGGAAAAGAAGCUAAAUGAUGUGCCCAGCUUCGACUACGAAUGUACCACUACAGAUUUUGUUGUUCAUCAGACUUUGCCCUACCAGUCGGUUUCGGUGGAUACGUUCAACUCCAAGAAUGACGUGUAUGUGGCCAUCGCUCAGCCCAGCAUGGAGAACUGCAUGGUGCUGGAGUGGGACCACAUCGAAAUGAAUUUCCGGAGCUAUGACAACAUUACAGGUCAGUCCAUUGUGGGCUGUAAGGCCAUCCUCAUCGACGACCAGGUUUUCGUGGUGGUGGCCCAGCUCUUCGGAGGCUCUCACAUCUACAAAUAUGACGAGAGCUGGACCAAGUUUGUCAAAUUCCAGGACAUUGAAGUCUCUCGCAUUUCGAAGCCCAACGACAUCGAGCUGUUUCAGAUUGAGGACGAGACGUUCUUCAUCAUCGCAGAUAGCUCUAAAGCUGGUCUGUCCACGGUGUAUAAAUGGAACACCAAAGGGUUCUACUCCUACCAGUCUCUGCACGAGUGGUUCAGGGACACGGAUGCAGAAUUUGUUGACAUAGACGGGAAGUCGCACCUGAUUCUGUCCAGCCGUUCCCAGGUCCCCAUCAUCCUCCAGUGGAAUAAAAGCUCUAAGAAGUUUGUCCCCCACAGUGAUAUCCCCAACAUGGAGGAUGUACUGGCCGUGAAGAGCUUUAGGAUGCAGAAUGCCCUCUACCUUUCCCUCACCCGCUUCAUCGGGGACUCGAGGGUCAUGACGUGGAACAGUAAGCAGUUUGUGGAGAUCCAGGCUCUUCCAUCCCGGGGGGCCAUGACACUGCAGCCCUUUUCUUUUAAAGAUAAUCACUACCUGGCCCUGGGGAGUGACUAUACAUUCUCCCAGAUCUACCAGUGGGAUAAAGAAAAGCAGCUAUUCAAAAAAUUCAAGGAGAUUUAUGUGCAGGCACCUCGUUCCUUCACAGCUGUCUCCACUGACAGGAGAGAUUUCUUUUUUGCAUCCAGUUUCAAAGGGAAAACAAAGAUUUUUGAACAUAUAGUCGUUGACUUAAGUUUGUGAAGAGGUGACUGGUGAAUUUAAGAGACACAUAGUGCUAGCUUUCACAAGAGAGGCCCGAGAAACAAACACAAGGCCAAGUUCAGAGCUCCGCAAUUAAAAACGCACUGGGGAAAUAGAAAUUUUCAACAUUUUAGAACUCACAUUUCAAUCAGGGAUUGCUUUUAUUGGCUAACUGCAUGACAUGUCCAUUCUCCCAUUUCAAAAGACAUCUUAAAGCCUGUUAUCUCUGAGAAAAGAGUAGAGCAUUAACUCUUACCAUCUAGAAAAGUAAUGUGCUUUUUUCUUCUUCUUUUUUUUUUAAUGAGGAAGGAGGA